AUGCCCAAGAAAACCUAUCUAAUGAAGAGCGAAGAAAAGGCACCAGGGUUCAAGGUCAGCAAGGACAGACUGAUGAUUCUCCUCAUGGCGAACGCAUCAGGCACCGCACGAAUGAAGCCACUUGUCAUCCACCACUCAGCUAAACCUCGUGCCUUGAAAAACGUGCUCAUCCCAAAACUUCCUGUAAUUUGGCGAUUAAACAAGAAAGUGUGGAUGACUUCUGAUGUUUUUGAUAAGUGGUAUAUCAGCCAUGCCACCCCAUUCAUCGAAAAUGUUAAAACAAAAUUGAACCUUAGCAACAAGGCCUUGGUUCUCAUGGACAACACAUCUAGCCACCCCAAACACCUGUGCAGUGUGAAUAAGGGCAUAAACUUGACCUUCUUCCCUCCAAAUGUGACUUCACUUAUUCAGCCAAUGGAUCAAGGUAUUAUUGCCUUGUUAAAGAGAUAUUAUCUCAAGUAUACCAUGAUUCAAAUUGCUGAAGCUAUGAACAAGGACAACAAUAUGACUGCAGCAACGUUUUGGAAGAGCUACACCAUCAAAGAUGCCAUAACUAACAUCACACUUGCGUGGAAAAGUGUGCCAGAAACUGAACUAAAUGGAGUGUGGCGUAAUCUGUGGCCUGAGGUAGUCCAUGAUUUCAAGGGCUUUGAUGAAGGCAAGGACGUGAAAGACAUUCUGAGGCUCGUUAAGGAAGUGAGAGGUGAUUCAAAAUUUCAAGAAAUCCAAGAAGAGGAUGUGAAUGAACUGCUUUUCAGCAUGGAGGAUCCUCUCACUUCUGAAAAAGUCUUGGAGAUGUCUGCACUGCAACAUGACCCUGAUAUGGAACGCGGUAUGCAAGUGGUGGAGGCGUUGAAUCGGGCUGCAUCUACCUACUCUCAGUUGCUAGAUCAGAUGGUUAUGGCCCAGCAACAGAAGAAAAUUGCAUCAAUCUUCCGUCCAUUAUCCUCAUCAACUCCUGGGGUAGCUGGCCUAUCUACGUCUGGGCAGACACGACCGUCAUCUAGUGCUUCCUGCAUGUCAGAUGCAUCCACAGCCACACCACUAGACAGUGAUGUGGAUGUUGAGCUGGUUGAGUAG